AUGAAAGCCAAGUUGCUUAGCUUCAUUGGUGUCUGCUGCUACCCCAUGGGGAAGGUUGGGGAUGUGGGACCUAUUCUCGAUUUGAUGGCUGUGGUUCUGGAGAACAUUCCUACAAGUGCCGUUGCAGCGAGAACAACAAUUUCUGCUGUUUAUCGAACUGCCUUUCCGGAUGCUCUAUUUCACCAGUUGCUCUUAACAAUGGCACACCCAGACCAUGAAACACGAGUCGGGGCACACCAUGUUUUCUCCACUGUGCUCAUGCCAUCUGUCAAUUAUCCUUGGUUAGUAAUUGAUAGAAAACCUUCCCAAGCUCUUUCAGGGAAGUUGCCAGCAACAUCACCAAAUGGAGAAAAUGGAAGUUUCUCCAUACAGUAUGAAAGCAAAGAUAAGCCUGAGUCCACAUAUGGAGGAACAAGGCAUGGAGAAAAUCAACUUUUGGAUCCAUGCGCUGAUCAAUAUGUACACUCUCCAUCUCCUGUUCAAUCGUAUAGCUUUGAGGGUGUCAUAUCUGCUGGAGAAGCAGAGCUGAUUACCUUUCGAUUGAGUAGUCAUCAAGUGAACCUUCUUCUUUCAUCAAUCUGGGUUCAGGCAACAUCUACAGAGAACUCUCCUGCAAAUUUCGAGGCAAUGGCACAUACGUAUAACAUUGUUUUGCUGUUUACCCGAUCUAAGAACUCCAGUCACGUGGCCUUGGUCCAGUGUUUCCAGUUGGCAUUUUCUCUCAGGAGCAUCUCUCUGGAUCAAGAAGGGGGUUUGCAACCAUCUCGGAGAAGGUCUCUCUUUACUUUGGCAUCAUGCAUGCUUAUAUUUUUAGCCAGGGCUGGCAAUCUUGCAGAGUUAAUUCCUAUUGUCAAAUCAUCUUUGGCAGAUGACAUGAUUGACCCUUAUUUUAAGCUGGUUGAAGAUGUCAAGCUGCAGGCUGUUUUUACACAACCCACUGAGAAAGUCUAUGGAUCGCAGGAAGAUGAAAUUGCUGCUUUGAAAGCACUUUCAGUAAUAGAAUUAGGUGACCAGCAAUUGAAAGAAACUGCCAUAUCCGUCUUCACGACUAAGUUUGAGAAAUUAUCAGAGGGCAUUGCAUUCUUUGACGAAGUGAGAGUUAUAAAUCCAAUCCUAGUUGCAUUUGCAUUUGUUGAUGGGGAUGUUUCAAUGCAAAAGUUUGUCUGGGGUAAUGACACACUUCUAACUUGCAAGGUACUAGCCAAACUUGCAAGGUAUGAGCCAAACUUGCAAGGUACUUUUCAACUGGUAAACUCAACUGGUUUUAUGUGA